AUGUCACACGUUCACUUCCGGUGGUUUUGUCUCUUGCAGGUUGUGGGCGUGGCUCAAGCCAUCAAUAAGAAAUGUGGAGUGGGAGGAGCUUUCACAGAACAGGACGAAAAGGACUUCUCAGCGUAUUUGGCCUUUUCAGGCAUCGUCCUGCACAAUGCGCAGCUCUAUGAGACGUCUCAGCUGGAAAACAGACGCAACCAGGUUCUCUUGGACCUGGCGAGCCUGAUCUUUGAGGAGCAGCAGUCUUUGGAGGUUUUAUUGAGGAAAAUCGCAGGAACCAUCCUGUCCUUCAUGCAGGCUGAGGCCUGCACCAUCUUCAUCACUGAUGAAGACUCAACGAACUCCUUCUCCAGUGUCUUCCACAUGGAACACCAGGAGCUGGCUGAAGUUCUUGAUGCCUCUAAAAGGGAGUGUGAUGUCAGUCAGAUUAACUACAUGUAUGCUCAGUACGUGAACAGCACGAUGGAGCCACUCAACAUCGCUGACGUCAAGAAGGACCAGCGCUUCCCCUGGACAAGUGAAGGUCCAGACCACACCUCCAACCAGAUCCAGAGUCUACUCUGUGCUCCCAUCAAGAAUGGCAAGAAGGACAAAGUCAUCGGCGUAUGUCAGCUGGUCAACAAGAUGGACGAGCGUUCAGGUGUGAAGGUCUUCAACAGAAAUGACGAGCAGUUCCUGGAAGCUUUUGUCAUCUUCUGCGGCCUCGGUAUUCAGAACACACAGAUGUACGAAGCAGUGGAAAGAGCCAUGGCCAAACAGGAAGUGACCUUAGAGGUCCUGUCGUAUCAUGCCACCGCCACAGAGGAAGAAUCACGGGAACUCCAGGUAACAGCGGUGGCCAUGGUUCCAUCGGCACAGCUGUUGGGUCUGCUGAACUUUGGCUUCAGUGACUUCAGCUUGUCAGACACAGAGACAACCUUGGGAACCAUCCGCAUGUUUGUGGACCUCAACCUGGUCCAGACCUUCCAGAUGAAGCACACGAGUUUAUGUCAGUGGGUUCUGAGCGUGAAGAAGAACUACAGGAAGAAUGUGGCCUACCACAACUGGAGACACGCCUUCAACACUGCCCAGACCAUGUUCGCCCUCCUCAAGUCAGGCCGGCUGGAGGACCGCCUGACCAAUCUGGAGGUUUUGGCUCUGAUGAUCGCGACUCUCAGCCACGACCUGGACCACAGAGGAGUCAACAACUCCUACAUCCAGAGGAGCGAGCACCCUCUGGCCCAGCUCUACUGCCACUCCACCAUGGAGCACCACCACUUCGACCAGUGCCUGAUGAUCCUCAAUAGCCCCGGAAACCAGAUACUGAGCGCUCUGUCACUGGAUGAGUACAAGUCCACUCUGAAGAUGGUUGAGGCGGCGAUUCUGGCCACCGACUUGGCCAUUUACAUGAAGAGACGAGGUGAGUUUUUCCAGCUGACUAAGAGCGGUCAGUUCGCGUGGGAGGACGAGCGCCACAGAGAUCUGCUGAGGUCAAUGCUAAUGACUGCAUGCGACAUCUCCGCCAUCUCCAAACCAUGGCCGGUGCAAAAGAGGGUUGCAGAGCUGGUGGCCACAGAGUUUUUUGAGCAGGGCGAUAAGGAGCGCCGGGAGCUGAACGUGGAGCCCAGCGACCUGAUGAACCGAGAGAAGAGAGACAAGAUUCCCAGCAUGCAGGUGUCUUUCAUCGAUGCCAUCUGUACUCCGUUAUAUGAGACCCUGGCUGGAAUGUCGGCGUUUUGCUCGCCGUUGCUGGAAGGCUGUGAGAAGAACCGGCAGCACUGGAAGCGUUUGGCAGAAGAGUGUGACAAAGACCCGCCCAGCGGUUUUGCAUGACGUCACGUUUGUCCUGCUCACACGUCUGAACCGGUUUGAACAGACCAGUAGCACAGUACUCAACUUCAAGAGCCACUCCUCCUGGUGUCUCAUCGGCGCCCCCUUGUGGUUAUUGUCAGAACUACAGAAAUAUAAUUUUAUGAUGGGCUUUUGUACCCUCCCACAUUAACAGCUGAGCGCUCUGACAGGUUGAGCUAUUGACAAACGUUAGAACCAUUAAAAACAUCAGGGAAGACGUAAACUAACCCACUUCCUAAAAUGAUAAUCACAGAGCUGAGCGGCUCUUUAACAGCAAACUUCCUCAGACAGCCGUCUCAUCGUGAUCAAUAUCUUAUUGUUGUUGGCGUCUUGUCAAUCACCCACCCAAAUCCUGUCAAUCAACAGGUGUAGCCCCUCCCAUUUGACAGGCUGUCUGAUGAAGUGUGCUGCAGGUUUGAAGACACCUGGGUCUAAAGUGAUUUGUGCCCACAGGGUGACCAGCUUUAUCAGAGCAGAACCGGGUCGGACCGAGCUCAGCGCGUGCGCCAGGUUGGUCUCAGUGAGUCCUGCUUUAAAUUAAAUCUACGGCAGCACCGUCGUGGCUCUAACGCCACUCUGCGUCAAUGUCUUGCCCGUGUACUCAUUCUGCAUGUGCAUCAUCGUGUUUCUCACGCAUGUCGAUCUGAGGCAGGACCACGGCGAUAUGGUUCAAGAUGUGAUUCUGUUGUGAACCGCAGACUUUUGCACUGAAGUGUGCACAGUUACUGCACAUCUUGAUGAUUUCAGUUCGGCUCCACUGUAGGGUUCAGACACAAAACGUCUCAGUCCAGGUACUUCUGGACCUGAGUGCAGCAAUAAAACACCUUUACCAAUUCACCAUCACAAUGGGCAGGAUGACGUUUUCAUCAGACUCACUGUGCAGCCCAAAACACCUUCACACAAAGCAACUUUGUGUGAGGUCUCGUACAUUUUGUCCCAGCUUUGAGAUGUGUCCAAAGUCCAAAAACGUGCCUGUAGUAAGAGUACGGCGCAAGGUCGCCACAGCCAGCAUCAUUGGAGCAUCAGUUCUUUGCUGCCACUGUUACAGUCUGAUCUGGUCUCAUCAAGCGGACACUGAAGAUGUGGGACCGUCCCUGGGGACGUCUGGUCACCCUGUUCAGGCAGCUUGUGGUUUGGGUGGUAGCGCUCGUCUGGUCUUCCUGUGGUCACUAAGCUGUAUUUAUGAUUGUAGCCAGUUUGACGUUUGCACUUUGGCACGGCGUCCCACAUGCACGGUCACAGGAGGCGGCGGCUUGAUGCACUUGCUAAGGUUCGAGUCUGCUGGAACGUUUUUCACACAUUCAUAUUGUUCGGUCAUAUAUUUAUGAGUUUUCCACAUUGUAAAGUGGUCGUGCACACGUCUGAGUAGAUUUUAAACACUUUUUAAAGUGCUUCAUCGUUAAUUCAGUAAGUGACGAACGCCGCUGUGUGCUUCUACAGCUUCUGGCAGCAUUCACAUUUCAGCCUGAAGUGGCCUCAGUCUAAAGCCCUGUUUCCACCCAGCGGUCCGGCUCAGGAUGGCACACCGUUUUGUGCGCUUCUAUAUACAGAUGCUGCUUUUGACACCCAUCGGCUUGGGUCCUAAAAUUAUGGACCGAUUACAAAAGGGAGGCGCUAACAGAAGAAGAAGCAAACCUCCGCCAAGGCCAUGGGGUCACUGACACCAUAACAUCUACACACCGUGGAAUCAUUGAACCUAAAAAAGUCUAACAAUGAUGAUUGCUAAUAAAAAAAGUU